CUUUUUAUCGGUUUUUGUUGUGGUUCCGAUUUGCACCAGAGUGCCGAUGCGAUGCAAUAAUUAUUUUUCAAAUCCCAUCUGUUUCGCGUUCGGAAUUCUUUCCUAUUGAAAAACAAUGUAUCAUACCUAGUUUAGAAUAAUCAAUUAACAGUACAUUUCGCACAAUCUGAACGAGAUUCCAACGACGCCAAGGUGGAUAAACUAGUGUACGUGCUUGCGAACUGGAAUUUGUUUGCCCGCAUCUGGAUGGCCGCCGACGAUGGUGAAGCUGGACGGAUUGGAGUGCUGCCACCGGAAGACCAACCAUUCCCGGCGCUAUCGGACGGUAUUCACCUCUCGCCGCUGGUUUCGGUGGGUGCCUGCUUUGUGAUUGCCGUGAUCUAUGUGGCCAGUUUGUACGUGUGGCAGUCCAAUCAUGAUCGCGAUCAUCCCUCAACGAUCAAGAGGCGCUUCUUCAGCGUGUUCGUGGUAAUGCUGAUCUCCCCGGUCUUCGUUAUGACCCUGUCAUGCGACGCCGUGUUCCAGAAGUAUUCCAUGUGGGAGAUUAUGGGGUUCCGGUUAGAGGGACUCGUGACGGCUAUCGGGUUGCCCUUGGUGCUAACGGCCAUCCUGUUCCUAGGUCCCCUCAGCGGGACGUUGACCAACGGUUUGUGGCGAGUCUACUCGGAACCGAUGUACUGGUUGAGUGCCGUACAGAAUCUAAAGUGGCUACGGAAUCAUCUGGUGGCGCCACUGUCCGAGGAGUUCACCUUUCGUGCCUGCAUGCUGCCUCUGCUGUUGCAGACUUUCAAGCCACACACGGCCAUGCUCAUCACUCCGCUGCUGUUUGGACUGGCCCAUCUCCAUCACAUCAAGGAACGCCUGCAGGACGGGACCCCCCUCAGGAUUGUGCUGACGGUGUCGUUCUUCCAGUUUUUCUACACCACCAUAUUCGGCAUCUAUUCGGCGUAUCUGUUCGUGCGGACGGGUCACUUUGCGGCUCCAUUCGUGGCGCAUGCCUUCUGCAAUCACAUGGGAUUCCCGGACUUCCAGGAGGUGCUUAGCCAGUCGGAUCGCCGGAAAGUGAUCUUUAUCGGACUGUACGUGCUGGGGCUGGUCGGAUGGAUAGUGCUACUGCCUACGCUUACCACCCCGAGUUGGUAUGCGAACAACCUGUUCUGGGCUGGAGAAGUGUGACGUGCUUCAAGGGAAUAUAACCCUGCAUGGGAAGAAUUUUGCCAUUUUUGUAGCUUAAGUAAAUUGCACUAGUUCAAUAUUUAAAAGAUUUUCAGUACACACAAAUGCAACUGUACGAAUUUUAUACCGAGCUGCGUUCUAAGAUCACCGGUUUCGCUAUUACGUUCUCUAGUCUAGUAUAAAGCAGAUUGUACGAAUGUAUAGGGAACAGUUUUGCGCCUCUAUGCAUGGCAUAGAGCGAGGACACGCCGAAUCAGGUCCUCAAUAAAGAAUGUGGGAGAUUUGAAAAA